GUCAAUAUAAAGGCCCCGUGUUUCAGUCGCAGUCACUCACAGAUGCACACAGUGAAGUAAACAUGGAGAUCAUAGUUGUGGCUGUACUGUUAGUGACUGUGGUACAGUCGUUUACGAAACCUGUCCCUGGAGACGAGACGCAGAGCUGGCUAUUAGCAGAGCGAUAUCUCAGACGGUACUACCGCAUGCAACCCGGUCUUCUGGGGACAUCCAAAUCUUCAGACGUGAUGACUGAGAAGAUCCGCGCCAUGCAGUCAUUCUUCAAGCUGGAGGUCACUGGGAAUCUGGACGACAACACGCUGCAGGUCAUGAAGAAGUCCAGAUGUGGUGUGCCAGAUGUAGCCGAGUACAAUCUCUUCCCCAGGAAGCUCAAAUGGCAAAACACACUUGUGACGUUCAGGAUAACAAACUACACUCCUGAUCUGAAGAAGGAGGAUGUGGAUAAAGCCAUUCAUAAUGCCCUGAUGACCUGGAGUGCUGUGACUCCUCUGAAGUUCAAGAGGCUUCAUGAAGGAAUCGCAGACAUCAUGAUCAGCUUCGGGAGACUAGAACAUGGAGAUCACAACCCCUUCGACGGCCCUGAGGGUCUCCUCGCACAUGCUUACCCGCCGGGAGAAGGCCUCGGCGGAGACACACACUUUGACGAGGAUGAAACAUGGACAAAAGACUCACAUGCGUAUAACCUGUUCUUAGUUGCGGCUCAUGAAUUCGGUCACGCUCUCGGUAUGGGUCAUUCUAAUGAUCCUGGCUCGCUGAUGUACCCGGUUUACUCGUACUCCCAUGGGUUCCCUCUGUCUGAAGAUGACAUCAAAGGCAUACAAGAACUCUAUGGCCCCAACCCGGAUCACGAGAAAGUCAAACCCAAACCCGAGGCUCCGGACAAAUGCGACCCCGAGUUAAGCAUCGAUGCCGUGACAGAGCUGCGUGGAGAGAAGCUCAUUUUCAAAGACAGAUAUUUCUGGCGUGUGCACCCACAGUUCACUGAACCUGAACUCACGCUCAUUCAAUCCACAUGGCCUCAACUCCCCAAGAAAGUAAACGCAGCUUAUGAGAACCCGGAGAAAGAUAUCGUCAUCAUAUUCAGUGGUAUCAGAAUGUGGGCCCUUAACGGUUACACCCUGGUGCCAGGCUACCCAAAAUACAUCCACAGGCUGGGAUUCCCUAAAUCCGUCCGCAAAAUAGAUGCUGCGGUUCACAUUUAUGACACGGGAAAGACUCUGUUCUUCACUGACGAGGACUACUGGAGUUACAAUGAACAGACUGGCACCAUGGAUCCCGGAUACCCCAAGUCCAUAAUGGACGGCUUUCCUGGGAUGCAAGAGCGAGACGGGGACGAGGUGGACGAGGUGGACGCCGCCACCUACAAAAAUGGAUACUUGUACUUGUACCACGAGAACCUGCAGUACGAGUACAGCUACAACAAACGGAAAGUCGUCCGCAUCACGAGAACUAACGACCUGCUGAACUGCUGAGCUCUGACGACGCGCGUGUCUUGAAACAGUCCCUUUAUUACUUUCUUUUUAAAACAAAGUGUGACGGUUCGUUUUUUUUAAAUUAUUAUUUAUGUAACGACUGAGCUGGUUCAGUUUAAAAAAAAAGAAAAGAAAAGAAGAAACAGUACUGAUUAUUUAUGCAUGUAUUUAUAGUUUGGUGAAAUUGUACCUAAGGGCGUUGUUCAUAAGGCUGCAUGACUCCCUUUAUCACAAGUGUCAGGUGUCAGAAAGACCUCUUUUCACUCGGCUCCGGUGUGUUUUGUCAAUUUGACGGCGUCACUGACAAAAGCGCUAUUUAUAACAAUUGAUAUAAGUCCACAGAGAUCUUAUUCCCGAUAAGCGGCUUAUUCCAACGGGCGUCAGGUGUCAUAAAGACCUCUUUUGUCAGUUUAGAUGCCGGUUAACUCGGGUGUUAUGUCAACUUGACAUCAUAAUUGACCAAAAAAAAAAAAAAGUAUGACAAAAACCUAUACAGAUCUUAUUCCAGAUAAGACAGACGUCAGUUGUCAUAAACAACCGACAGAACUCUCUACCACCUGAGCCACUACCACUUAGCCAUUUGCUUGAGGUGUUAUAACAACUUGACAUCCUAGUUGUCUUUAUGACAACUGACGUAAACCUUCAUGGAGCUUAUGUCGUGUACAGGAUUAUUCCAACAGGUCUCACAUGUCAUAAAGUCAGACACGAUGUCACGUUGACAUAACACCUGAGUCGCGUCACAUCGUAACCGACUCAGAUGUCUUUACGACACGUGUUUGAACGAGCCGUUACACGGAAUAAGAUCUACGUAGUUUUAUGUACAUUUUCAUAAAGACUUCUUCUGACGUAACAUCUGAGUCACGUGACGUAGAAUCUUGACAAAAUACGCCUGUGUUAUCGGUUAAGUUUCCUAGUACAGGACACAUUACCUUAAUAACAUUACUUGUCAUGUGACGGAUAUAGAAGUGCUCUGAGCUACGAAGUCAGGUGUCAUGACGUUCUAAUGGACUGCAGAUCAGCUCAGAGAGUGACAUAACACAACCUCGACAACAACAACAACAACAACAACAACAACAACAAAAAAAACAUCUACGCCAGUUAACUUCCCAUCAAAACUAAUAAAAGCACUCUUUAUAACCGACUUCGUCUUCUGUACUAAGCCGUUAUAGACAGUCAUGUAGGGUUCGUGUAGCCUUCUGAACACUUCCACUAAGUAAAGUUUUACAUACAGUUACAUGAGUCUGGAACCAUGUUGAAUAAAUUAAACUUGUGAAAUGCCUUUCCACUCAAUCUGAUGCUGACGUGACGAUGAAUUAAAGUGAAUAUUUAAUGCGUUAUUUAUUCGUACAGUGGGAAGGCUGAAAAGGGAAAUAAAUUCAUACAGAAAUCUU